AGUCUGUGUAGAGCUGCUUUCGUUACGGAGUGAUAAUUGCUCCUGAAUUUCGGAAUCCUUUGGAACUCCUUGAGAUUUAGAGCAUAUAUCAUCCUCGGAAAACGUUCUGAGGGUUAUCCAUAGCGAAUUGGUUAUUUGCUUCGCCUCAGCGCACCCCGUAAACGGUUUCGUCAUGGCUCUGCAAAUGACCCUUAAGCAGCAGCGCGUGUGCACUCGCGCCAGUUCUAGGCAGCCCUUCCGCGCUGCACCUCCGGCAGGCCGUCCCCGGCAGUGCGUGGUCCGGGUGCAAGCCACAGCUGCACCCAAUGAUCUCAACUCGGGCCUCGGCUUCCAGACGAUGCGCGAUGGCGUGAAGAUUGCGGCCCAGGAGACGCUUCUGACCCCACGCUUUUAUACGACUGACUUCGCUGAGAUGGAGGAGCUGUUCAGCCAGGAGAUUAACCCGCAUCUCGACAUGGGGGAACUCGACGCCUGUCUGCAGGAGUUCCGCAACGACUACAACAAGUGCCACUUCGUCCGGAACGAGACCUUCAAGGCAGCCGCCGAUAAGGUCACAGGCGCCACACGUAAAAUCUUUAUUGAGUUCCUGGAGCGUUCUUGCACGGCUGAGUUUUCGGGCUUCCUGCUGUACAAGGAGCUGGCCCGCCGCCUGAAAACGUCCAGCCCCGCGGUUGCUGAGAUGUUCCUGCUGAUGAGCCGUGAUGAGGCUCGCCACGCUGGUUUCCUGAACAAGGCCCUGUCCGAUUUCAACCUGGCUCUGGACCUGGGGUUUCUGACGAAGAACCGCACUUACACCUACUUUAAGCCCAAGUUCAUUAUCUACGCCACCUUCCUGUCUGAGAAGAUCGGCUACUGGCGAUACAUCACUAUCUACCGCCACCUGCAGCGCAACCCCGAUAACCAGCUGUACCCUCUGUUCGAGUACUUUGAGAAUUGGUGCCAGGAUGAGAACCGCCACGGUGAUUUCCUGGCGGCUUGCCUGAAGGCACGCCCAGAGCUGCUGAACACCUGGGAGGCCAAGCUCUGGAGCAAGUUCUUUUGCUUGUCCGUGUAUGUAACCAUGUACCUGAAUGACCACCAGCGGACUGCAUUCUACGAAGCGCUGGGCCUGACAACCCGCCAGUUUAACCAGCACGUUAUUAUUGAGACGAACAAGUCGACGGAGCGGCUCUUCCCCGUGGUGCCGGACGUGGAGGAUCCCGCUUUCUUUGAGCUGCUGAACGAGAUGGUUGACGUGAACAGCAAGCUGGUUAAGCUGGACGCUGACGGCAACACGCCCGCCUUCCUGAAGUCGCUCAUGAAGCUGCCCCUGCAGGAGCGCCUGGCGUCGCUGCUGAUCCGCAUCCUGUUCUGCAAGGAGAAGCAGUGCGGCAGCGUAGACAUCCCCAGCUCAGCUGCGGCGCAGCAGCUGGCUUUCUAAGUGGCUUCUGCGACGAAAUGGGGGCCGCGGGGUAACUUAUGAGUGAUUUAAAUUACUUUUUUUACUCGUGUGGUGAUGACGAUUGAUGGCACACAGCUGGGUCGCGGCUCGGGAGGGCUACCAUUCGUUUACCACAAAUGAGGUAGCUAUGAACGGUUGGAGAGAUGAUUGCUUGAUAGGCAGUCUCCAUGCCGUUGUAUGGAGCCUCCAGGGCUGGUGCUUUCUGGGAGGUUUGGCUCUCCCAGACAGCCCAUCGGAAUAGUUGAUGGGAUUCCAUUGUGAUGCUGAGGGUAGGGUUAGAACUUGUGGGCUAUGUAAGAUUUGCGGGAUGCUUGUAUAAUUUUCUUUUAUGUCGCAUUGACAUAGUCACUGUAUUCUUUUACUGGAUGCCCAAGAGGAAGCUUGGGAUCUUGUAAGGGAGCAAUCUGGGUACUUCAUCCGUAACCACCUAAUGCAUGCCAUGGGGCGCACGUACGCUGCCUGUAUUGUGUCACCAGAUGCAAAUGGUGCCCGCCACAGACAGAAUUAGCUCUUUUAACGUGUGCUGUACGGAUUCAUGGGCACAAGACUGUGGCGCGUCAUAGGGCUUUCCUGGUCUUUGUCUAUACACAUAGACAUUGGUUUGGGCAAGUCAGCCCAACAGGUCUGACUCAGCUUGCACGGGGCCUGGAAAUCCCUUGUAAUAUUUGGAAUUCUUUGAAA